AUGAAUCCUGCGACUUCUACGAAUACUUUAAAAGAUGGACUUCCGAUCGGGAGUGAAGUGAUAUCCCGAUCCGCUCUCGAACAUGAUAUUCGAUUGCUCAUAGUUGGCUACCAGAAAAAUUCGCCUAUCGUUGAGUAA